AUGGAUAUUUCCCAGACCGUCGCGAGCUGGCUUUCACUAGCUGCCACAGUGAUCGGUUUGGGUUCCAUCGUAACCCAAUUCGGAUCAUUCAUCGAUGAGACAGACCCUUUCCAUUCCUUGCGAGACGAGCGGCAGUUGGGCAGAUGGAUGUUACGACAGUCCCAUAUCCCCUGGUAUCGGAUUAUAAAACCACCGCCCGUGGGCCCUAUUGUCGCCGCAAGUUUCCCACAGGGAUUCUGUGGCAGGAAGGUAGUAUAUGUCACUCGUCUUCCACGCAGACAACCAAGCGGUAAGGCUGCGUGGGCUGUACUACUGGCGGUCAUUCUCCCGUCUCCGAUUAUUCCUGGCCAGCAAACGAAGCCACUUUUGAGCACGCCCUUCACUGAGGACGCUGAAAAACGUGGCCAAAUAGUGACAAUCAAAAGCGAGUCGCCGGCGGCUAUUUCCAACGAUCCAUGGAACGAUCUCCCCCUUCGUCCUUUGAUAAAACACAAAUUGCACACCUGCGUGAACAUCUCGCGCAGGACCCUGAUCGCCGCAUUUUGCAUCACCAAUGCUCGGCCGGUAUUCCGACAUAGUGGUGCUGCUGGUUUCCGAGCCGCAUACGCAUCCUAUUGCGGGCAAUGGCACGUGGAUUGGCCACUUGGGGAUGCCGCAGUCGUGCACUUUGCUCCCCACGAUUCGCAUGGGCUUUCCAAAGAUGUAUACCCUCCGACAUUUGAGAGAAGGGUAGAUAAAUGCAUACAAAUGCUGGCUGGCGUGGUGGACGCUCCGGCCCCUACCUUUUUUAAAUGCGCAUUUCCUGGGCGGAAAGCGGCCGGUAUUUGGAUUCUGCAAUACCACGUUCGGGGAUAUGGCGGUGCACAUGGCAGCAGGCACCUUUACCAUAUUAUGGGCGGUGAAGUACACGACAUAGACUUUCUGUUCAUGAAACGGCUGGAGAACGAACCUGAGGGAUCAGAAGACAUGGUCGUACUUCGCCUACCAAGCAAGGAAAGCGGUAACCCCGACGUUAUUUUAUAUGUCCCUGAGACGGAAGCAGCCGCUCUCGACAAAGCUCUGGAUUGCCUCCCAUGGUCUCCUCUUUCGUGGUCCAUCCAUCGUGGGCUCCGUGAUAUCCUCGUUGCGUUUGCCAAGGAGCGGAUGGAUCGGAAUCGAGAUCGGUUGGCGGAAUCACUUCGGUAUACGGUCGCUACCUGGCCCGAGAGACUGGCUGCUCGGGGAUGGGACGAUCAGUUUGUUCGAGGUCCAAUGGCAGACAUGGCUGCUAGUGCUGUCAGGGCGGGCAGCGGAAAUGCGGGGGACAUUACGAGAAUCGUGACAGAUAUAGCGACGGCCCUGUGGAAUGGAGCGACUGCAGCACUGGAUGAAACCACUUUCUGGAGGUCUCAACCGGGGCAGGAUUCUCCUGCUCUCAGCCCGAUGGAUGUUGCUGCUCUGGUCAAAUGCUUCAUUCUGGAGUGGAGUAAUGAACUGGAUUACCAGAUCUACCACGAUUUGCCGCUGGAGAUGUAUCUAGGAUGA